AUGGGGGAUGAAAUCAGUCCUGAAGAGAGAGAGAAGUCAUUAUAUGUGACACAAAUCCGACAUCUGGAUGAGCAGUUGAAGAGAUGUCAGCUUAAAUGUGACGAACUGGAGAAACAGAACAAGGACCUCGCCUCGCAGUACAGUGUGCUGGAGGAAGACAAGAAAGACAUCACUGAGUACCUGAAAUAUGCUGUGGCUACAAAAGAGAAGGAGGUGAACGAGCUGACUGAGCGGCUGGAGAGUCAGCAGCAGGCUGACAAACAGCACAGAGAGGCCCUGAAGAUGCAGCACAGCCAGCAGAGGCAGGAGCUACAGGAACGGUUCGAUGAACUGAACUCCCUGUCCACUAAGCAGGAGGAGCACAACGAGCAGAUCAUGCAGCUGAUGCAGCAGCUGUCCAAAAAGCAGUCUCUAGAGAAGCAACUGGUCAGUCAGAAGAAAGAGCAUGAAGCUGCAAUCUGCAUCAUGAGGACGGACGCAGCGUUCGAGAGGGAUAAGCUGUCUAACGAGAUACAGAACAAGGUGGACAGUAUCAUUAACACAAAGGCCUCAGACAUUAUUCAGAAGGAGAGGGCUCAGCGCAGCGAGUGGGUGGAGCAGUUCCAGCUCCUGCUGAAUGAGAACGUGGAUCUGUGGGAGGAGAGAUACACCCUGGAAGCCAAACAAGGAGUGAUUUUAUGUGAGAUUGGCCUAGUGAGGGAAGAUAUUAACAGUGACGCCAUGGAGAGCUUCAUCUACAAGAGGGAGGUGGGGAACCAGACGAACAAGCGCCAGCAGCUGGAGGGGAAUCUAAAGGGCUGUAGUGCCGCCCACAAGCGCACGCUGGCCAGGGAAGAGGAGCUGAGUAAGGAACUGGCCUCAGCGUCCGAGGAGUGCAGACAAAAAUCAGCUGAAGCCAGUCAGCUGGGGGCCGAGCUACAGUGGGAGAGGAGCAGGAGGAGGGAGCUGGAGGGCAUCAUAUGGGAAGCAGUCGUCAUUCUCAGACACAUCAUGGAGGACUCAGAGAAGGCGUCAAACACUCAGCGGAAGAAGAAGCGGCUGCUGGAGGUCCUGGAGAAAGCUGCCCCCAAAGAAACAGGCCCCACUCUUAAAAUCUCAAUUGAGGAGAGCAGUCAAGGACAGACGCCGCAGACCACUGACCCCAAAACAGCCAGUGCCGAGACCCUGAACAGAGCCACAGAUCCAUUGUUCCUGCUUGCCCGCUACAGACCAGGCGACCUUGGCUUCAUACCUCGACCUACAUGGAAACACAAACCAGCCGUCUCCACCAGCACCAAGCGGUGUCUCAACAGGAAACCGUGCAGUAAGAAGACAGGAACCUCCACCUCUGAACCAAAGCCAGUCAACAAAGAUGAAUGUUAUUUAUCCCACUGCCCCAUUUCAAAAUAAAGGUUUUAGUCACUUUA